UGGACGCAACCAAAGAACCGUAUUAUCACCUUGCACUAGAUGCAUUUAUCAUAAUCUAAUUACCAAGAUUCCACCUCAAACUAAAGAUAGUGAACACCGUUGUUUUUUCACUGUCUUUCGAGACCUCUGUUUCUUUAUUCCUACCUCCCGCAAUAAUA